AUGAGCUCGGAUGUCAUUCAAAACAUGACAAAACGACUAAAUUCGGGUGCAAUUCAGAACAAGUCUUCCGAAGGCAACGGACUUCAAAUCGACAGAGUGCUCGAGGCGAUUUUGCUCUCUUUUUUGGCCCUCUUCGCUAUCGUGGGAAAUGGCCUUCUCAUGUACGUCAUAUACUCAAAUCACAAUCUUCGAACUCUUCGGAAUGCUUUUGUAGCAAGUCUUGCGGCUGCCGAUCUUAUGUUAGCUUGUACAGACAUUAUUUACCAAGCUGUGGAAAAGGUCAUAAUCGACUUUAAGCCUAUCCACCCAUCGGUUUGUUACAUUAUCUUGCUUAGCGGAGUAUUGUUCGGUUCUGCUUCUGUGUUUAACCUCACCGCCAUGACUUUGGUCCGUUACGUAAACAUUCGCUACCCUCUUCAUUUUAACCGUUACCUAACUGUCCAUCGCUCUACUACCAUUGUACUGGUGACUUGGCUAAUUGCGCUUUGUCUCGCGUUCCCGCCACUCAUUUGGCGUCCGGAAGGCGUCGUGUGUUCGACAACGAAGCCUUCCGACGAGCACAUCUUAAACGAAGCCAUAUACAUGAGUGCCGAGUGGUUAAUUUGGUUCAUUAUCCCAGCGAUACUCAUAACGUUUUCAUAUUAUCGCAUAUACAUGAUCGCAAGAACUCAAGCCAGGCAGAUAGCUGCACUAGAAGUGACUGCAGUCAGUGAAACAAAUUCUAAGAAUUCUUUCCCUGUAAGAGGACGAGCGUCGUCUUUGAGAGAAAAGAAAGCGGGGCGAAUGGUGGCCAUUUUGGUUGGAUUUUGGGUUCUUUGCUGGCUUCCGUUCUUCACAGUGCUCACCAUAAGUAAGUUCAAGUCUCAAGCGCCAGGCUUUCUCAUGCGUUUGUUUCUGUGUCUUAUGUUUGCAAACUCAGCAAUUAACCCUAUUGUAUUAACGUGGUAUAACCGUGAACUUAAAGAAGCGAUUAAGAAGUUGUUCUGUCGAGAAAAACAGAGUAACCAGUCGUUAUCCAUGGCAGAAACACGGUCAAACUUGAGAGGAUCAACUUCUAGAACAGCAUUUUAA